UGCUGAGCUUUCUUCCUCCGGUGGACAGUGUACUUAAUCAGCUCUAAGGUGUUUUUAGACCACGCCGAGUUGUUUUUGUUGUCUCAUCUCUACUCACUUCUGCGAGCCUGCGGGUCGACGUCUGGAUCGUGUCGGCGCAGCAGCAGCGACACUCGGCUAGGCUAGGCCUGAAACCGCCUCGUAAACACUUAUGGACUUUUAAAAACAAGGCAAACAGUCUGCAUAAUCGUGUGUGAAUGGAGCAGUGUGCGAGUACGGCCUCCCUGCUGGCCUCGGUGCGGGAGCAGGAGAGGCAGUUUGAGAUGCUGAGCCGAGCUCUGGAGGAGGAGCGGAGGUCAUGUGCCGGCACCCUGCCCCGCCCCCUCCCCAACAUGCAGAACGGCCGCAUUCCUUGUGAUGCAGACAUAGAGAGGCUGACACUGAACGAGGGUUACAUCAACGGGACACAUCUCUUCAGUAUGGAGCCGGGUCAGGUGGUGCAGGAGACAUACACUGUGGAGGAAGAUCCACAGGAGCUUCCUCCUGUUGUCUCAGUGGAGACCAGUGAAGAUGGAACAACGCGGCGUACAGAAACCACGGUAAAGAAAGUUGUAAAGACUACCCAUACCCGCACAGUUAUCCCCUCUGUGUCAGACACACUCUCCCUGGAUGGUGGUGGUUCAGUAACAGGGAUGGGGGGCUACACUACACCCAUGGACAGGGUCUACAGGCAAGCACCUGGAAGUGGUGUGCCCAUGGACUACCCCACCCACACAGUGCCACGCAACUACCACUAUGGACCUCCGGCGGGCUACGACGACUACCGAACUGGACUCCCAUCUGAGACCUACACAAGCCUUACCAGGGGAGCUCACAUGGAUGAUCGCUACAGACCGGUCCAUCCGGAUGGCUACAGAACUCUGGAUCCUAACUACAGAGCCCACAGCAGGAACCAGCUGGACCCCUAUGCUGCUCAGCCACAGGUUGGGCGAAUGGGAAGUGCCAUGGAGCUAUCCGCCAUCCCCCGGUUUGUCCCGGAACCAUAUGGGCUUGAGGAUGAUCAGCGCAGCAUGGGUUAUGAUGACCCAGACUAUGGCAUGGGACCCGCAAUGCACUUCAGCACUGUGCCACGCAACUACCAGGGAUUCCCUCAUGGACCCCCACGUAGAACCGGGAGUUAUGAGGGCACCUUGGAUGUUGACAUGAGUGGUCCAGGGUACUGGCCAGGAGCACCCCUGGCUCAGGGUGAAAGAGGAAGCAUGGCUUCGUUGGACAGCACUCUGAGAAAAGGUCCUGGCCCUGGUGGCUGGCGUCAGCCUGAGCUACCAGAAGUCAUCGCCAUGCUUAACUACAGAAUGGAUGCUGUCAAGAGCAAUGCAGCAGCAUACUUGCAGCACCUCACCUAUAAGAAUGAUAAAGUUAAGUCUGAUGUGCGUCGUCUGAAAGGCAUCCCAGCUUUGGUCUCCAUGCUUGAUAACACAAACAAAGAGGUUCAUUAUGCUGCCUGUGGAGCACUGAAGAACAUUUCAUACGGCAAAGAUCCCGACAACAAGAUUGCCAUCAAGAACUGUGAUGGAGUGCCAGCUCUCAUCAGGCUGCUGAGGAAGACCCAUGACCAGGACCUGACGGACACCAUCACAGGAACACUGUGGAACCUGUCAUCCCAUGACUCUGUGAAAAUGGAGAUCGUGGACCAUGCUCUGCAUGCCCUGUCUGAUGAGGUGAUGGUGCCUCAUUCAGGCUGGGAAAGAGGGAGCAAUGGAGCUGGAGGAGGGGAGGAGAACUGCAAGCCCAGACAUCUUGAAUGGGAGAUGGCCCUCACUAACACAGCAGGCUGUCUGAGGAAUGUGAGUUCGGAGCGAAGCGAGGCAAGGAGGAAGCUAAGGGAGUGCACAGGAUUGGUUGAUUCUCUCAUGUACAUUGUCCAAUCCCAGAUUGACUGUAAAGAUGUUGAUAAUAAGUUGAUAGAGAACAGCGUGUGUCUGUUGAGGAACUUGUCCUAUCAUGUGCAUAAAGAAAUCCCAGGCUGUGAGCGCUACCAGGAGGCUGUGCCCCUCAACCAGGGCCCCGCCCCCUCCAGCCAAAAGGGUGGUUGCUUCAGCUCCCGCAAGAGCAAAGAUGAGUGGUUUUCCAAAGGGAAGAAAGAUGAGGAUGCAGCUGCAGAUGUAAUAGACAUUCCAAAGAGGACAACACCUGCUAAAGGCUAUGAGCUUUUGUACCAGCCAGAAGUGGUCCGGAUCUAUACCUCUCUUCUAAAAGAGUCCAAAAACUCUACUGUGCUGGAAGCCUCGGCAGGAGCCGUUCAGAAUCUGUGUGCUGGACGCUGGAGUUAUGGAAGAUACAUCCGUGCCUUGCUGCGCCAGGAGAAGGGUUUACCCAUGAUGACUGAGCUUCUGGCACAUGGCAAUGACCGUGUAGUCCGUGCCAUGUCUGGAGCACUCCGCAACUUGGCCAUUGAUGCCCGCAACAGAGAUCUACUAGGUAAACAUGCAGUGCCUCACCUAGUGGCCAACCUGCCGGGUGGUGGUCAGAGUCAGCCAGUGCGAGCACUGUCCGAAGAGACAGUGGUGUCUGUCCUGAGUACACUGCAAGAAGUGCUUGGCUCCAGCCUGGAAGCUGCCAAGACACUCAGGGCCUCACAGGGAAUAGAGAGGCUUGUGCUCAUUAACAAGGACGGAAAUCGUUCUGAACGGGAGGUGCGUGGGGCUGGCCUGGUGCUGCAGACAGUGUGGGGCUACAAGGAGCUGCGACGCACUUUGGAAAAAGACGGCUGGAAGAAGACAGACUUCAUGGUCAACCUAAACCCACCAAGCAACAAUACCAGGGCCAAUGGAGGUUAUGAGGAUAGCACUCUGCCACUCAUAGACAAAGGAGGAAAAGGGGACCGAAAUGAAAUGAUUCCAAUGAAUGACAUGGGACCAGAUGCCUACUCCACACUGGACCAGAAAGGGAGAAGGAACACUCUGGAUAACACUCUUGAACCUGCUGACAGAGAUGCAGUACAGAAAAACUGAUUGUGUGCAUCACAAGACGACAGCCUCCUCCCACCUACUGCCCUUGCUGAACUGACAAUGAGGGACCACUACACUAUGGGUGGAACUACACACCAUCUUUAACACUCUUCUGUCCCUCUCCACUCUUUUGCAGCCCCUCUCUGUUUCUCUUUCUCUCUCUCUCUCUCUUUGUGACAUUCCUUCAUUACAGACUAACUAAUGAAACCACAAGGAAAAACUGAUGUGGAUGCUCUCUCCGUGUGGACAAACUGGACAAGACACUAUGACCACUUUGUUAACUGCGAGUCGCUGAACUCCAAAACACUAACCACUCAAUCAGAUACCACAGCUACAACACUACAACUCCAUGUAGCAACACGACAACUGGUUUGGACAACACUACAACAGAGACUGGAUUCAUCCUGUAACUUUUCUAUUUGUUGGAAAUCAGAACAAAGACUGAUGAAGCUAACUGAAAAAGAACUUUGGGAUCAGAAUAGGACACUUUUUGGUGAAAUUUUACAUAAUGGCUUGAUACUCUGGAAGAAAUUGAGAAAAGUUUUGUUUUGAUUGCUAUUUACUGAAAAAAUACUAUCAACAACAAAGACAACCAAUGUUAAAUGAUUUAAUCAGGCGUGUAAAGCUUCUGCUUCUGUUUUGGUAGUGGUUUUUCCUCUUCUUGCUUUGCUCUGUACCCAGUAAUGCACAUGUGCCAAAUGACACUGCUAAUGCUGCAACUGCCAAUACUGAAUGCGAGACCUUCAUACACUCAGACUUUUUACAGCAGCUACUGUCACCUGCUUUGUUUUGUGCUCCGUUUGUGUCGGUGACAGUCCAUUGCCAAGAUGCAUGGGGAUGCUGCGUUUUCUGUAUAUGAUUGUGAGCUACAGAUUUAAGAGUUGAAAUACUAGAAAGGGUAUACCUUCAGUCAUAAAUGGAGGGACAACAAAGUGAUUGUACAUCUUGUUGAAAUAGACACUACAGUCUUUUCUGUAAAAUGUAAACCCCUAAAUUAUACUGAAAUUCUUGGGAGAUACCACAGAAAUCAGUAGGUGCAUUACUUUUUAUCUGCAGGUCUGUGAUCUUAUGAAUGUGUACCAACAAAACUCACUCUGAAAGUAUCCGUUUGGGCUAACUGGAGUGCCUCGUCUAGUGGGUUUGCCCAACAUUACAAGGGUAACCAAUUAAGGUGUCUUUUUCCAGCAGGUUACUCUUGUUGGGAUUACUGUAUAUAGAACUCAGCAGUUUUCUAUUCUGCAAAGUUAUGGAACAUGUGAACUUGUAUGUAUGUAAGAACUGAUUUUUGUCCUUUCGAUUGUUUUUUAUAAGGUAUAAAACUAUUGAGUUCUGUAUAAUUUACUGCUUCACAAACCCAUGGCCUACCUGGCAUUAAACAAAUGGACGUAAAUGAGAGAAGACACAGUAUUGUCUAUUUUUGCCCAUGUUUCUUAAGCCCAGUGCUUGUUCUGUAGAUAAAUGAAUAAUCUUAGUGCUGAGUGAGAUGUAGAUACUUACUGAGUGGAUGAUUAAAAGAAGCACUGGGGGGUAUACUGUGUGUUUUUCUCUUAUUUUUCUCCUUUUCUUGGUUUCUGUGCUAAUUAUAACAACAGGAUGCAUCAUUUUCUCAUUGCCUUUUUGAGAAUGGACUGACAAAACGAGGAGAAUGAAACGAAAGCAAGGGUUUGUGUGAAAAUCUGCAAGGAGGCAUAGAUCACAAUUUGCUACCAGUCAGUGGAGGAAAGAAAAGCACAUUUAAACUAUAUAUACAAGAGAAUAUUUGUUGAUUUAAAUAGUUUUAUGUAUUUCUUUUUAAUGUGGAUUUGGGUUUAAUUGUUUUUGGGUGCUCUGGGUGAAUGCAUAUGCAAUCAAUUUUUAUGUUGAAACAUUCAGUUAAUGUCUUAAUAAAAUGCUAAACAGGUUAGCUAAACAAAAUCCUCCAUCAGUCACCAGAUACUGGAACACUAAUGGGAAAACUCUGAUCAUUGACUACACCGUAAUCUCUUUGCCUUGGCUCUUAAAGUUGCACAUUCUCAUUUAUGAAUGAAUUAUGUAACUAGCAAUACUGUUUUUAAUAAAAAAAAAAAGAAAAUGAUUU